AGGAACCCUCUGAGAGAAAAUGGAGCUUCUACUCCUCAUUCCAUGCCUCCUAUUCUUGGCCACUAUGCAGGCAGCCACACCCACAUCUGGUGCUGCUCCUUCCUAUCCAUACCCAUUUAUGACUGUGGAUGCUGAGAAAGCAGCUGCAAGAAGAUACGAUUAUAUCAUCGUUGGAGGAGGUACAGCUGGCUGUCCUCUCGCUGCAACUCUCUCACAAAACUUUACUGUUUUGUUAAUGGAGAGAGGAGGAUCUCCUUAUGGGAAUCCUGACAUUGAGAAUACCAAUGCUUAUGGGAAGCCAUUGAGAGAAACUGAUAAUUACACUUCCAUAGCUCAGGGAUUUGUAAGCGAGGAUGGAGUGCAGCUUGACAGAGCCAGAGUUUUGGGAGGUGGAACUGCUAUUAAUGCUGGGUUUUAUAGUAGGGCAAGCUUGGCAUAUAUUAGACGGAUGGGAUGGGAUGAGAAACUUGUAAAUGAGUCAUUUUUGUGGGUGGAGAAAAUGAAUGCUUUUAAACCAGAUCCCCUUUCUCUCUGGUCGUCGGCUACAAAAGAUGCACUUCUCGAAGCGGGAGUGCUUCCAUACAAUGGGUAUACUCUGGAUCAUUUGGAGGGCACCAAGAUUGGUGGUUCCACCUUUGAUAACAAUGGCAAACGACAUACAGCUGCAGAUCUCCUGAAGUAUGCAAACCCAGAUAAUAUUGUGGUUCUGCUCAAUGCUACCGCCUCGAGAAUUCUCUUCAAAUCAUCAUCAGGAAAGUUGAAGGCUCGUGGUGUAGAAUUCAUAAAUUCUAUUAAUGGUAGUUCUUAUCAGGUAUUAAUUGAUGAAUCAUCAAAUUGCAGUGAGGUAAUUCUGUCAUCAGGAAGUAUAGGAAGCCCUCAGUUAUUACUCUUGAGUGGAAUAGGUCCCUCUCACCAUCUCAAAAAACUAAAUAUACCCGUCCUAAAACAUCUACCUUCGGUUGGCCAAGGGAUCCAAGAUAAUCCCCUUGUAGCAAUAGGAGUACAAUCCCCUAUACCACUUAAUUUUUCUAGCAUACAAGUAGUGGAUAUUUUGAAAAAUUCUCAGAUUUACAUAUAUGGUUCUAGCUUUGUGCAGAAUGUUAGUACAAAUGAUUCUAAUUUUAUAAAUCAAUAUGUUGGUGGAAUAUUUCAGAAAGUAGCAUUUCCCUUAUCAAGAGGCAAUCUAAGCUUAAUUAGCAAGGAUCCUAGAAACAAUCCCUCUGUUCGCUAUAACUACUAUUCUAAACCUCAAGAUCUAGAGAAAUGUGUGCAAGGGCUUAGGGUAAUAGCAAACAUGUUUGAAACAAAUUCUAUCCGGAAUUUUGCAUAUAAUGAGUCUAGUGGCACAAGUGGGUUACGUUUCAUUGGGUCAACUCUACCAAAGAAUACAUCAAAUGACACAGUCAUGGGCAAGUUUUGCAAAGAAAAUCUCUCCACUAUUUGGCACUUCCAUGGGGGGUGUGGUGUUGGUUCUGUGAUUGACAGGAGGUAUAGGAUCAAAGGUGUUAUUUCUCUAAGGGUCGUUGAUGGAUCCACUUUCAAGGAUGGUCCUGGAACUAAUCCACAAGCAACCACCAUGAUGCUUGGAAGGUAUGUAGGAGUAAAGAUUCUACGAGAGCAUGAAUUUCUUCAUGAGUAAUGGAUAAUUUUCUACGCUUCAUUGACUUUCUCACAAGCCUUUGCGAUUGGAAUUUUUCAAUAUCAUAUGAACUAUUUUUCUUACAUAUGAUAAGAAAUCACAACCCAAUAUAAUAGAAUGGUUUUAGAAUGGAUGUUUUUAAUGUAUCAU